AUGAUCAGCCGUGGCGGUAGAGCAUUUUCAUCUCCUGAAGUAGAAAGUCCUUCCCAUAGCCGUCAAAUGCCAACUGAUCAAGACAUUCCUUUCCAAGGAAUUGCUGCAAAUGUAAAGCUACUUCUGAAAUUAAUACACGAACAAAGCCAGGCCAGCGAUGGAGACCUUGAUGAUCGAAGGAAGCAAAGGGUGGCCGGCAUGAUUUCUAUCCUGGACGAUGUUAAAACCCGGAUCCAAAAACACUCUCCACCCGUUGGCAAAAUUAUAAAGGAGUUUAGGAGGUGCAACACAGAUCUCAGGCCACUCCGUGCCCCAAGGGACAAAAGAUCUGCUGAUGUUGUGAUUGAUGAGAAAGAGAAGUUGAGGAGAGACUUGCAUGCAAGCAGCGUAGCUAGGAAGAGCCUUGAAGCAAUGUGUUGUAGCUUGGGAAAGGAGAAGAAAAUUAUGGCCUCAGAACUUUCUAGAAAGGUUCAAGAAUUGAAUGGAAUGGAGGAACUCAUCAAUGACCUUAAAGCACAAAACGAGACAUUGUUGGCUAAAGUACAAGCUUGUGCUCAAGAGCACCAAUCAGAUAAUAAGUCUGGCGGAGAGACUCAUCAAGGGGGGCUCAAUGCUACCCUUCAAGAGCGAAACAAGGCACUUACGGAUCAACUUUUGAAGUCCCUUGAUGGGUAUAGAUCCUUGAAGAGAAAAUAUAUAGAUGCAAAAGAGGAAAAUAUAGGAAUUCAAACAACAAUGGAGGAAAUGGGGGUUGAAGUAGCAGCAGGACUUGGACGAAUACGUGGACUUAAGCAGCAGUUGGCCACAACAGAAGCGCAGAAAUCAGAUAUUGAAGAGGAAAUUUCAGCAUUGGAGUGUAUGUUCCAGAGUUUAAACAUGAAGAUUUCAAAGCACAUGCAAAAGAAAAGCACCAAAGACUGA